AUGAUCACCCAACCCUCCUCCUCACGGAGCAAGCUGGUCUCGCACGAGGACCGACAUCUGGUAGCACACUCAAUCAGCCUCCGACGUCUCCUCUCUCGCCUCGACAAAACCGAGCUCGUAUCCCUCGUCACACGAUGGCUCGACAAUGCCGGCCCGUCCUACAUCCCACCCAUGCUCUCACGCCGUCAACCCAAAGCAGGCGAGGAAGACCCAGCAUCCAACCUCACGCUCUUCCACGCCAUCCUAGAUCUGAACGAAGAGCGUCGCUGUCGCUCCAUGGACGAGCUUCGUCUGCUCUGGACGGGACCCAUGGCGGACCCCAAAGUGCCCAAAGCGCGUGCGCUCGACCGCAUCGCCGAUGUCGACUGGCCCGAAGGUCUCAGCUACGCAAUGGUCGCCGAACUCGACCUCUUCUACAUGCACGCCCGCCAGCUCUCCAAGACAUGGACCACCGUCCGCCUCGAAUACGAUGACGAGGUCGAUGCGGCCGGUCGCGGUUGGGAGAGGCUCAACGAAACUCAAAUUCGAGCACGACUAGGCGACGAGCUGGGACACUACUUUGAACAUCACAUCUACCUGCAUCCGCGCGGCAAGGAGGAAAGCAUGUGGACCGAUCACUUUUCGUACUUUCGCAUCGUGCUCGCUCCCACGCCGAGUGACGUGUGCGGAACAGGACUGCACAUCCUGCACCUACCGAGGACACCGUUUCUGCUCGUAUCCGGAAGUCUCGGGAGAGGAUCAGAGAACAGGGAGAUGGCGCUUUCGGCGUUUGCGUCUGCGGCAGGAGCGACGACGGUCAACUACGCCAAGCCGAGCGCUGGAUCGACGGCAGCGAAGAAGCUGCUGGCCGAGCUCAACGACGCGGGCGAAGACGCCGCAGGGAACAGGAGGACGCUGGGCGAGCUGCGUGGCAAAGAUCCGAUGGCGCUGCGCGCGAUUCUCCUGCACGAGUCGGGACGUCUUUCGUCAACAUCCGAUUCGAGUGCGGCGCCAGCGGGGGUGGCAGGCGGAGGCAAAGCGCGGCAGAUGACCAAGCGCAACGGUGGGGCAGAAGACGGUCCGCUGGUCGCACCGCUUAAACGACGCAAGGAGGACGACCUGAGCGCGUUCGGGAUCGCCCCUCCCACGCCACCUACAUCCGCGUCUGAAUCGGAUAGCGUCUCGCUCUCCUCGACUUCUGCGCGCCGCGCUCAACGUCGUCACUCUCCCACUCCCGGCGUCCACGCACCGCACGAAACGACCGAGCAUGCGCGCGCAGCCCUUGCCUCCCAACUCGCAUCGCAGCGCGAAGCAAACGACCUCUUCGGCCCCGCAGUCGACGCGAACGAUACGCUACCACGCAUCGAACGCAUCGAGUACGAGCUGCACCUGCCCUUCCCCAAUAUGCAACGCUACAACACGCGCAGCUUAGUGGACAUGACAGCGUACAAUGCCGAUCCGGAGCGACCCAAGAUCCGACUUAGGCUGGAGGGCACACACGUGCUGGCCGGACUGAGGAAGGUCGUGGCUGCAGGACUGGAUAGGCGGACAACAAGACUGAAUGCUGGCGAGGAAGAGGAAGAGGGAGGAGUGGAGCUGGACGGGUUGCCCGGGUGGUUGACCGAAGUGAGAGGGACCAAGGUCGUGGUUCUGCCGCCGCCGGCGGGCGACGAUAGCAGUCGCGACAUGUGA